UGUCGCCCCCCCCCCCCCACUUCCCACCUGUCGAGUGGUGGGGACAGUCACGAUGGCGGACGGGGCCGGCGUCGGGGCCCCGCUGUGCUCCGAGCAGUUCGGCUCGGGAGCCGCCCGGGGCUGCCGCGCGGCCGAGGACGGCAGCCUACAGUGGGAGGCGGCGGGCUGGCGCUGGUGGCGACUCCCCAGGAAGACCCCCGCGACCCCCACGGGCCCGGGCGGCGGCGCCGACGGAGCUCCCGGGGCCGCCGCGCAGCCCCUGGCGGGCCUCGGGGCCGUGUUCCUGCCGCAGGGCUUCCCCGACAGCGUCAGCGCCGAUUACCUGCCCUACCAGCUGUGGGACUCGGUGCAGGCCUUUGCUUCCAGCCUCUCAGGCUCCCUGGCCACGCAUUCCGUCUUGCUGGGCCUGGGGGUGGGGAACGCGAAAGCCUCGGUGUCGGCCGCCACCGCCACCUGGCUGGUGAAAGAUUCAGCUGGCAUGCUGGGCCGCAUCGUCUUUGCCUGGUGGAAAGGGAGCAAAUUGGACUGCAACGCCAAGCAGUGGAGGCUCUUUGCUGACAUCCUCAAUGAUGUAGCCAUGUUCCUCGAGAUUAUGGCUCCCAUCUACCCAAUCUGUUUCACCAUGACCGUCAGCACCAGCAACCUGGCCAAGUGCAUUGUGAGCGUGGCUGGCGGGGCCACUCGGGCUGCGCUGACUGUGCACCAGGCUCGGAGAAACAAUAUGGCCGAUGUGUCAGCCAAGGACAGCAGUCAGGAGACGCUGGUGAACCUAGCAGGACUCCUGGUCAGCCUGCUGAUGCUCCCUCUGGUAUCAGGUUGCCCUAGCCUCAGCCUCGGAUGUUUCUUCCUCCUCACGGCCCUCCACAUCUAUGCCAACUACCGGGCAGUCCGGGCCCUUGUCAUGGAGACCUUGAAUGAAAGCCGGCUCCAGCUUGUCCUGAAGCACUUCCUUCAGAGGGGAGAGAUACUUGACCCAGCUUCAGCCAAUCAGAUGGAGCCACUGUGGACAGGUUUCCAGCCAUCUCUGUCAAUGUCCCUGGGCGUCCCCUUACAUUGCUUGGUCUCCAGUGUAUCUGAGCUGAAGCAGCUGGUAGAGGGGCACCAACAGCCCUACCUGCUUCGCUGGACCCCGUCACGACACCGGGUACAGGUGGUUCUGAGCCAGAUGGCAGGCCCCGAGACUGUCCUGAGGGCUGCCACACAUGGGCUGGUGCUUGGAGCUCUGCAGGAAGAUGGACCACUUCCAGGAGAACUGGAGGAGCUGAGAAGUCAAGUUCAGGCAGGUCCUGAGAAAGAUGGCGGGACCAUUGUCAGGGAGACAUACCAAGUGCUGGACAAGCUAUUCCCAGAGUUUCUGAAAGGAUUGCAGGCCUCGGGCUGGAAAACUGAGAAGCACCACCUCGAGGUGGAUGAGUGGAGGGCCACGUGGCCUCUGUCUCCAGAGAAGAAGGUCUUGUGAGCAGUCCGUGACCGCAGCAUAAUGGAGGGCAGACAGCUUUAUUUUGGCUCAUGCAAAUUGCUAUGACCCAUUGGUCACUUGCCUCAUGAGAAGUGACUGCCGAUGAAGGGGGUUGGACCCCAGGCAGAGAGAUGGGAACCUGGGCCCUGAGACCACCCUUCCCUUGUCCUUUCCCCUUUUCUGGGAUCCACCGCAGGCCGCCUCAUUCCCACUUUUUACGAGGCACAGCCUUUUUUAUGCCUUGCUUGUGGUUCGUGGUGUCAUGCAUAAAAUCCCCAGAGGAACACUGCCACUGUCAUCAUGAGCAGGGCAUUGAGGCCGACCACACGAGCCCAUCUGGGAUCCUCACUGAUGUCCUCCAGCCGCCUGGCUGCUGCUGCCGCCUCCUCCUCUGUCGGGGGCUGGGGGCCCCCUGCCCCACCCCUGCUCAUCCCACAGAACCAGAGCAGGCACCGUCGGAAGGGGCCAGGGGCUGGAGGCGGAGGCUCUGAGGGAAACCAAGGCUAGCAGUUAGUCUGAAGGGAGUGGGCUGCAGGACUCCCCGGGCCCCCUGUCUGGGCUGCGCCUUACCCUCCAUCUCCACCGCGUGCUCCGGGCAUCCGUUCUGUACCGGGGGAGAAGCUGGGCCUUGGGGCUCAUCAGCAUCCAGGUCCUCCCGCUCUUCCUUGCUGUGCCGGAGACUGAAAACCAGGCGGUGGAGCUGGGGAGGGGUGGGAGCAGGGGCCAAGUGGGAGUUCUGCCGUCCCACCCCACGCCACAGGCCCCUCCUUUCUGUGGGCACACCCAGCCUGACCCGGCUCCCCCAGACUUCACCAGCCAUGGCAGCCUGUGUUGUGAGUUCCAAAGACCAUGCGAAGAACUGACUUUGGGGGGCUUUAACCACCCACCCUCUUAAGACAUUCCAUGUGCCUCCCCCUAAACUCUUUCAAACAAAUGUCAUUUCAAUAAAAAAUGUCCUUGCUGUGUAAAUGCAA